AUGCAGGCGCGUCUCGACAUCCUCGAGGACUACCUCAUCCACAGGAGGUACCCGUGCAGGCGCAUCGACGGGCGGGUGCGGGGCAGCUCUGCGGCAGGCGGCCAUCGACCGCUCCAGCCGGCCCGACUCGGACCGCUCGUGUUCCUGCUGUGCACGAGGGCGGGCGGGCUGGGCAUCAACCUGACUGAGCCGCCCGACACCUGCAUCAUCUUUGAUUCUGAUUGGAACCCACAGAAUGAUCUACAGGUGAGUUUAGGGGGCUCCCAGGGGGUUUGGGGUCUCUGCAUCAUCUUCGACUCGGACCGCUUCGUGUUCCUGCUGUGCACGAGGGCGGGCGGGCUGGGCAUCAACCUGACGGCUGCCGACACCUGCAUCAUCUUUGAUUCUGACUGGAACCCUCAGAACGAUUUACAGGCGCAGGCGCGGUGCCACCGCAUCGGGCAGAGCAAGGCGGUGAAGGUUUACCGGCUCAUCACCCGCAACUCGUACGAGCGCGAGAUGUUCGACAAGGCCAGCCUGAAGCUGGGCCUGGACAAGGCCGUGCUGCAGUCCAUGAGCGGCCGCGAGGGCAGCAUCGCCGGGGUGAGCCGCGCUGGGGGUGGGACGGACCCAGAUGGGUCCCCACUUGG